AUGAGUGAGUUCAGAAAAGCGAAAAGGUGCAGCACUUGCGCCGUCCGGAGAAUCGCGGGAAAUAUUGGACUCAGGAAGUCUCGAAGAAAGGCGACGGAUGUUCCGAGAUCUCCAAGCUCCCUGAAAGGGCCCGAAAAGAAACCCAGGGGCAGGCGUCGGCAAACAGCCGGACCCGCAAUCAAAUUCCAAGUCGCUCAGGCCAAUGAGACAUUCUCAACGGAGCAAGACUAUCUCAUCUCGGUCAUCAUCAACAAUUUUACCCCUGCUCAGGAAAGAUCAUUGGUCCGAGCCGCGGACGGCACAGCUGCUUGUCUCGACUCUCGAGUCUGUGGCUCCUGGGUCACUCUGCUUCCAGAGAUUGUAGCACGCUCUUUGGUUCAUCCGGGUGUUCUUCAGUUUGCGAUCAGAUCGCUGGGCUAUUCAAUCCUGAAGAAGACCCCACAGGCACUUGAAGCCUAUGGCGACACUCUUCGUUUAUUAAAAUCUAGCCUUGCUACGGCCGGAGAGGUGUCAUUUGAAGAAAUAUUGGCCACAAUACUGUGCUUGACACUUGCUGAGGUCCUACUAGGCACCGAGCAUAAUGGAUGGUCAGCGCACACUCGAGGUGUUUGCAAAUUAGUUCAAGAGAAGGGCCCAGGAGCUUUCAAAACAGGCGUUCUGCAUCAGCUUUUUGCAGGAUUUCGGAUAUUCAUGCUGCUCGGGGCAAUUCAACAGCGAAAAGAAAGUUUCCUAGACGAGCUCGCCUGGAAAAUAGAGCCUUUCUCGUCCGAGCCAAAAUCUUUAAUGCAGGGUCUGCUAGACGAGAUUUCUGGUCUGCCAUCUCUUCUGCAGCGGCUUGACAUAGUCUCUAGCUCAGGUCGAGAGCAUCAGAAAGAGGAGAUCGUUGCUUUGUACAAAGAUUUCGACACCCAAAUGAUUCGUCUUGAAGACUGGGAAGCAAAUCUCAAAAUAAGCACAGCUUCCAGAGUGUUGCGGUGGCCUGUGGCAUCAUCUCCAGACCACGAAGCUACUUUUCCAAUCUCAUACGAGUUUGCGAAUAUCCUAGUUGCCAACACGAUAUCUCAUUAUUGGAGCUUUGUCUUAGUUAUCCAAAUCUCAAUAUCGACUCUGCUAGCCCUAUCUAGGGAGAAGGGAGCUGAUGUGGCCUGUCUAUUGAAGCAGCGGGCUACGAUCUCACCAGAAAACAGGGUAGCGCUCGCCAAAGACAUCUGCCAGAGCAUGCGAUACCAUCUCCAGCCAGAGACGGGGCUGUAUGGCCCAGCCGCAACACUGUAUCCUAUAAACAUAGCGCUGCAAAUAUUCAGAGAGGAUAAUAAGAGGAAGGAGGUCAUCUGGCAAUGUUCGUCGACUCAUCAGCCCUUGCCGACUUUGGAAGAACUGAGGGGCUCUCUGCCACCUGGCGCAAGCGUAGUCAUGGUCGUAACAUGUUGCGACCCGCGCGUCCUUCCUGAUCAGUUCCUGGGUGGAUUCGGAAUGAAAGUCAGCGAGGUUAGAAACGCUGGCGGACGUGCAAGCGAAGCUCUAAGAUCCAUCAUCUGCGUCGAUCAUGUGCUCGGUGUCAGCGCAGUCAUUGUCAUCCACCACACCGACUGCGGACUUACUCACCUCCGGAACGACUUCCUUCACAGUUCCUUGACUCAAAAGGCACCUAACAAUGCCGCCGAGAUUGCCAAGAUGGACUUUUUAGAGAUUCUCGAUUUGAAAGCAAGCGUUAUUGAAGAUAUGAAGAUUCUUAAGGACAGUCCCUACCUCAGGAAGGACUUGAAGGUGUACGGAUACGUAUAUGAUAUCAAGACUGGAAAGCUUCAGGACGUCAAGGAGUAA